GGAAAUUGAUUGUCUUAAUUAUCCACCACUAUUUUCCCAACCACUCUACACGAAUAAAGGAUACGCUUCUUCCUGCCGUAUCCUACCUUCACUACCACUACCAACCUCUCUUACAUCACGAUCACAAUGGCUGCCGCCCCAAAGAGCCGCGCUGGACUAUACGCCGGUCUCGGCGCCCUCGGCGCAGGCGCUUACUACUUCUACCGCGCUGGAGGCGAUCCCAAGGCUGCGAAGGAUGAGAUGAAGCAUGACAUCAACAAGGCCCGCGCCAAAGCUCCCGGAACCGAGACUGGCGAGAGAGCUGGUGAGAGGGCUGGACUGGAGACGAAUCUGAACAUCGAUGAGGCUGCGAACAACCCCACGACAAAGAACACCGACCUUGCAUCCCAAGCACAGCGGAAGCUGGAUGACUUGAGCCAGGCGGGCAAGGACCAGGCCGCCCGGGCACAACGGAAGUUGGAUGACCUAAGCCAGGCUGGUAAAGAGGAGGCAAACAAGCUGAGCCAUGAUGUAGAGGCGAAGGCGUCUGAGGCGAAGAGCACAGUUUCCGGCUGGUUUGGGCGGAAGUGAAUACCCUCUUUAUCUGAGUUGUUGUUCCUUGGUGUUAUAUGAUGAUGAUUGCAUGAAUUUCUGUACUGCGGAUGCGGAGUACUACAGGCUGGUCGGUGUAGCUUUACUUCGGUAGUCGGUUAGUCUAACUCAUUUGGCAUUUAUCAAUGAUAAUAAUGGUCUGGCUAGGUCU